AUGGCGGCGGCGUGGACAUCGCUGGGGCUAGCGGCGGCGGCCGUGCUGGUGGUCGGCAUCGCAAUGCCAGCCUCCGCCGCCGCGCAGGCGCCCGCCGCCCCCGCGCCCUCCAGCGACGGCACAUCAAUUGACCAGGGAAUUGCAUAUGUGCUGAUGCUGGUGGCCCUUGUUCUCACCUACCUCAUCCAUCCACUGGACGCUUCAUCUCCAUACAAGCUCUUUUAAGUUCCAAUCCUAAUCCUUGUAUUUGUAGUUAUGUGAGGAUGGGCAGAAUUUAGGUGAGGAUGAGGAGUGCUCUAAUUUUUUGUACGCGCGACAUAAUGGUUAUGAACAUGUUUGGUGUUGAUUUCAUUGGCUGGGCAUGAUUCUGCCAUUCUCUCUGUGAUUGCUUUGUCCCAGUUCUUGCUAGUAUAUGCGUAUUCCACCUGCUCUGUGCUACACUGCUACUACUUGCCAUGUGCUGGUGAUAUGGAGUAGAUUGGGGUCUUGCAGUUUGCAAGCUGCAUGACCUAGCCAACCAUGUGGUGGUUUUGUCCCACACCUGACAUGUUUGAUCUCUGUUGUGGAGUUGUGGGCCAAAAAUUUUUGU